GGUAGCCAGAAUAGGAUAGAAUUUUUUUUUACAAAAGAUAGAGCUUCUGCCUACUUCUGCUAUCCUCAUACUUUUACUGUAGUAUUCUUACUUGAGUACCAGAAGCUCUAUAUGGAUCGAAGACUUCAACAGGCUGCUGAAUCAGGUAGCAUCAGUGACCUUUAUGCUUUGAUCGAUGAGAAUCCGUGCAUACUGGAGAACAUCGACGCCAUGCCAUUCGUGAACACUCCCCUUCACAUAGCUGCAGCUUCUGGAAAAAUAGCGUUCGCCGUAGAGAUGCUGAAUCUCAAGCCGUCUUUUGCGAAAAAACUCAAUACAAACGGGUGCAGUCCGUUGCACCUUGCUGUGGAGAAGGAUCAACAAGAGCUCGUCACCUGGCUGCUCAGGAUUGAUCCCAGCCUUGCUGGCGUUAAAGGCAGAGAAGGCAUCACGCUGUUCCAUCUCCUAGUGUUAAGAGCGAACGUCGAUCUUGUGGUAGAGUGCCUCAUAACAUCUCCUGAAUGUAUUAAAGAUGUGAGCGUGAAUGGCCAAAAUGCUCUGCAUCUUGCUGUGGUGAAUGAAAGAUUUGAAGUUCUGCAGGUCCUCACCGGAUGGAUCCAGAGAAUGAGUCAGAAAAAUGCUCGCUCUAUCGAGUAUUCAGUUCUGAAUAAGAAGGAUUUAACCGGCAACACGCCUCUGCACCGUGCAGCAUAUAAGAAUGAUCAUCAGAUGGUGAAACUUUUACUAGAAUGUCGAAUGGUUCAACGGAACGAAGUAAAUGGUGAUGGUUUAACAUUCCUUGAUAUCUUAAGAACACAUGGACAAAUUGAUGAAGGUGGAGAAUUGGAACAAGCUGCUCUAAAAACCGGGUGCAUGGAAGCAGCUUCUCUUCCAAAACUGAUGAAAAAAACAUACGACUUCUUCAAAUCACCAAUCACGUUUUGGGCUUACUGCUCCACUCAUACAAGGCGCAUAAGUUCCGACACAUCAGACGAAGCUCGUGGAGUCUUCUUAAUUAUAUGCACUUUGCUAAUCACAGCAACUUACCAGACCUCCCUCCAGCCUCCAGGAGGUGUGACCCAAUCAGAGGGCCAUGCAGUGAUGAAGCAGACAUUCUUCAUCGUCCUAUGGGUUUCUAACACCAUAGGAUUCUGCUGCGCUAUAUUCUACACCUUUUGUCUCUUACCAGCAAGAGGUUUGUUGACUCUGUGGUUUUGUUAUAUAGGAGCGUCUCUUUGCGUUUCUUACGCGUUAGCAAUGGCUGUAAUCUCACCACAGCCUAUAGUGUUUCUCACCGCGUGCUUUGCCUUGUACCUGCUUUUUCCUCUGUAUGUUUUGAUGGAAGUUUUCCUAAGGCAAUGGCAGAGGCAUCAGACGGUAGCACCUGAUCCCAAAUUGAGCUGGUUUUGGAAAGUUUGAUACAACAUGUGUGUCGCUUUUACUACAGACUACAGGAGAAUAGAGGAUUCUGAGAGGCAAAAGACCCAACACUCAAACAUAUGCCAUGUCCCUUGUGACUUGCAAUACUGUUCAGUUUGUAAUGAAUUGGCUUUACAUACUACAGAUAUAUGUAGUUCAAUAAUAAAAUGUGGUAUAUGUAAAUGAUUCCAUGCAUGUUAAAAUAUUCAAGUUGUACUUUAUUAACUCAGUAUGGUUCUUC